UCUUCCGGCGUUAAUCCACCACAUUGGUGACCGCGACGUGAGUUCCGUUCGUAUGCUCAAUCGAUUCGAGCAAGUUUCGCGAUAAAAUAUCGAAUCUUUCAAACCGCGUCCUCGCCCUAACCUCAAACUACAAUGUCAACACCGCCAAGCAAUGGUGGAACUUCUGGAACAAUCGAACCUGUCGGAGCAGCAGCCGUUGUUUCCGUGAAGCUUCCGGAGUUCUGGAAAGCAGAACCAGAAAUGUGGUUCGCGCAAGCGGAGGCACAGUUUAUUUUGGCAAACGUAACGAGGGACGAUACUAAAUUCUAUCAUAUUGUGGCAAAGCUCGAACAGUCGGUGAUAUGCCACAUCACUGACCUGGUAUCCAAUCCACCGCAACAAGAUAAGUACAAGAAAAUUAAAGAGCGUUUGAUUUCUCGGUUCGCACUUUCACCGGAAACACGCCUAGAACGGUUGCUAAGUUCAUCGGAUCUGGGUGAUAUGAGACCGACCCAUCUCCUUGCCAAAAUGCAGGAUUUAGCAGCGGGCUUGAACGUAAAUAAUGAGCUUCUCAAAAUGCUUUUCCUACAACGGAUGCCUCAACACAUUCGCCCGGUUUUGACCAUUAGCGAUGGAACGCUCCCCAAGUUGGCGGAAAUGGCAGACAAAUUGACCGAGUUUCCUCGGGUCGCGUCUGUGUCUUCGGUUCCCACUCCUAUCUCGAAUGCAGUAUCUGAUCAAAUGGAGGGCUUGAGGGAGCAAAUGGAAGUGCUCAGCACGGAGAUCCGGCGCCUGAAGCAAAAUUCUGCUAAUCAUCGUAGAACUCGUUCAACAUCUCGCUCCAGUAACAACAGUACGACAACCGAACUGUGUUGGUACCACCGGAAGUAUGGACAGCAAGCUGAACGUUGCCGGCAACCGUGUCAAUUUCAUGUUUCAAAAAACUAAGCCGGCGCUCACCCGAAUCGGCAGGAAUACCGGAUCCGAUGUUUCUAUUAUACCCGCCACAAGAAAAGACAAAUUCAACGAGC